CACACUGGUCUGUAAUCAGCGGGCGCCAACCAUUUUUUUUUUGUUGAGGAAAACAAGAGAAAAACAGUGGCAUAAAGAGCAUUCUCCGUCCGCUUUUCACUGGCAGUGCAGUACGAAAACAACGACGGAACAGUACAGAGAACCCAAUUAAUCCGACGCGUCAUUUCCUACCAUUUUAGUUUCUGUUAUAUGUGUGAUUUGUGCUGUGUCAGCGCGAAACAAAAUGAAGCUACUGCUCCUGGUGGCCACAUUGGCCUCCGUGGCCGUGGCAUUCACCUCCGGUGAGCCAUCAAUGUUGUCAGAGGAGUUCAUUGAUUUGGUGCGCAGUAAGGCCAAAACCUGGAAGGUGGGACGUAAUUUCGAUGAAUCCGUGACAGAGGAUCAUAUUCGCCGUCUAAUGGGCGUACAUCCGGAUGCGCAUAAGUUCGCUUUGCCCGAAAAGCGAGAGGUUCUUGGUGAUCAGUACGUAACUUUUGCGAGUGACAUUCCGGAGGAGUUUGAUUCCCGAAAGCAGUGGCCAAAUUGCCCAACAAUUGGUGAAAUUCGUGACCAGGGAUCAUGCGGCUCCUGCUGGGCCUUUGGUGCCGUAGAAGCCAUGUCCGAUCGAGUGUGCAUCCAUUCUGGUGGCAAGGUUAACUUCCACUUCUCGGCCGAUGAUCUCGUAUCCUGCUGCCACACCUGCGGCUUUGGCUGUAAUGGCGGAUUCCCCGGUGCCGCCUGGAGCUAUUGGACGCGCAAGGGAAUUGUCAGCGGUGGACCCUACGGAUCUAAUCAGGGCUGCCGUCCUUACGAGAUUUCGCCCUGUGAGCAUCAUGUGAAUGGAACCCGUCCGCCCUGUGCCCAUGGCGGUGGAACCCCCAAGUGCCAGCAUGUGUGCCAGAGCAGCUAUACGGUCAACUAUGCCAAGGACAAGCACUUUGGUUCCAAGUCCUAUUCGGUUCGUCGCAAUGUUCGUGACAUUCAGGAGGAGAUCUUGACCAAUGGACCGGUUGAGGGUGCCUUCACUGUCUACGAAGAUCUCAUCCUGUACAAGGAUGGUGUAUAUCAGCAUGAGCAUGGCAAGGAGUUGGGCGGUCAUGCUAUUCGUAUUCUCGGCUGGGGCGUUUGGGGUGAGGAGAAGAUCCCAUACUGGUUGAUUGGCAACUCAUGGAACACUGACUGGGGCGAUCGUGGAUUCUUCCGUAUUCUGCGUGGCCAAGAUCACUGCGGCAUCGAGAGCUCUAUAUCGGCGGGUCUGCCCAAACUGUAGAUUUAUAUGUAAAACUACGGCAUUGCGGCUGAUAUCAACACCCUAUUUUCUAUCGUCCCACUUUUAAUUUCCAUUCCAGAUCGCAAAUGACUUUUGUAGUUAAUGUAAACAACUAAACCUGAUUGAUAAUAAAAAAAAGUAUUGUAUAUGACUGUGAAAA